AUGGAAGGAAUUGAUCCAGAUGUGCUGCUUGAGUGGCUUCAGACGGGUAUUGGCGAAGAACGGGAUUUGCAAUUGAUGGCGUUAGAGCAACUAUGUAUGCUUCUGCUUAUGGCAGACAACAUCGACAGAUGCUUUGAAUCGUGUCCUCCUCGCACAUUCAUUCCAGCACUUUGCAAAAUUUUUCUCGAUGAAACAGCACCUGAUAGUGUCUUAGAAGUAACGGCCCGUGCCAUAACGUAUUAUUUGGAUGUUUCGAAUGAAUGCACGCGUCGCAUUAUUCAAGUGGAGGGCGCUGUCAAAGCAAUUUGUACGCGUCUUGCUGCUGCUGAAAUGUCCGAAAGAUCUAGCAAGGAUCUUGCCGAACAAUGUGUAAAGUUGCUUGAACACGUUUGCCAACGAGAGACAAUGGCCGUAUAUGAAGCUGGUGCUAUAAAUGUUAUGCUUAAUUUGGUUAGACAACAUGGUGGGCAUGUUCAUCGGGACACAAUUUAUUCCGCCAUGUCUGUCGUUACACGAUUGUGUGGAAAAAUGGAGCCUAACGACUCAGAAUUGGCAAAAUGUGCUGAAAGUUUAGAUGCUCUACUUGAAAACGACGACGCUAAAGUUUCGGAAAGCGCGUUGAGAUGUUUUGCGGCUCUAACUGACCGAUUCAUUCGUAAAAAUAUGGAUCCAGCGGAAUUAGCAACACAUAGUAAUCUUGUCGAGCACUUGUUAGGCACUUUGGCUAGUAGUAAUGACGAAAAUUCGAAUGUUUCUACCAACUUUUUGUCAAUUGUGCUCUCACUUUUGAGCAACUUGUGUCGUGGAUCGACAAUGAUAACAGAAAAAGUUUUGAGUUCUCCGAAUAUGAUUAAAGGAUUAUCAGCUGUUUUGACUAAUAAGGAGGAGCGAGUUGUAACGGACGGUCUUCGUCUUGCCGAUUUGCUGCUCGUGCUUCUUUGUGAAGGCCGGUCUGCCCUACCAACGGUAUUGGGUGUGUCAGGUGACUAUCCAAGCGGUGGAACGGAAAGAACUCAUCGACAUUUGAUUGACGCAAUUCGACAAAAGGAUACAAACGCAUUAUAUGAAGCGAUUGAAUCGGGACAGGUUGAUGUGAAUUAUACAGAUGACGUUGGUCAGUCCCUUUGCAAUUGGGCUUCGGCUUUUGGUACUAUCGAAAUGGUUCAAUACUUGUGUGACAAAGGCGUUGAUGUGAAUAAAGGACAUAAAAGCAGUAGUUUGCAUUAUGCGGCAUGCUUCGGAAGACCAGACAUUGUCAAAUUGCUCCUUCAGCGUGGUGCCAAUCCCGAUUUGCGUGAUGAAGAUGGAAAAACUGCAUUAGAUAAAGCAAGAGAAAGAAGUGAUGAAGAUCAUUCACAAGUCGCCGUGAUCCUUGAGAGUCCUACUGUUUAUAUGCAUUCUAAAACUGACGAUGGAAAAACUAAAAAAGAUCAAGCUUCGACAAAUCAGGGAGCGUCAUCAUCAUCCAGCAAAGCCGAGCUGCCUGAUCCUGUUCUUGUGAAAAGAGUUCUACAUCAAUUGCUACCUAUUUUCUGCGAUAUUUUCCAAAGAUCGUUAAAUGCAAGUGUUCGCCGAACAUCGUUGUCGCUAAUGCGCAAAAUUGUUGAAAACAUUGGCGACUUGCGUCAACCGUCUGUGGACAAAGAUUCUAUGGAUACAAAUGCGAGAAAAAUGUCAACUGGAGUUGUUUGUGCCGCUGCAGAAAGCCUUAUGGCUGUUGUCGUCUCCGUAUUGGAUCAAGAAGACGAUCACGAAGGACAGGAGCAAGUGCUCAUGAUUAUCGCGACACUUCUAGAAAAAGAUCCUGAGCUUUGGGUCACUGAACUUAUUCGUCUCGGAGUUUUUGAGCGUGUUGAGGCUAUGGCGAAAGAGCCACCGAAAGGAUUAGAACAAGUUCUUAGUGAGGUUGAAGCGUCCUCGAAAGGAAAAAUAACUACUUCAACUUCGACUAUAGCGAUGGAGACCGACCAACCAACUAUUCCCACUGAUGAAAAUGAUAUCGAUAUGGGACUGGCAACUCAAACUCCGCCUCCAACUGUUGAAAUUGGAGAAUCAACUCCAUCGGCUUCACGAACAACUCAGUCUGCUGCUGCUACUGCGUCUUCUGCCAUUCUUCAGGUGGUAUCAAAACUCAGCGGAAGUGUUGUUUCGUCAGAAAAAUCGGAGAAGAAAGCCAAAAUUCCAUUAGCGCCAAAUACGGCUUACCGAUGGAAGGAGUGGAGAAUCAUGCGUGGAGCUUCUUCAGUGUUUAUUUGGAGCGAUGUUCUUCUUAUUGAGUUGCCUUUCCAAAGCAAUGGAUGGUUCCGAUAUCUUGCUGACAAUGAUUCGCACAUGCAGUUUGUUUCUGGAAUGGCUACCGUUGAUCAGACUGAGGAAGAAAAAAACAAUGAACGAAAAGCUAUGGUUCUCCGCUGGAAAAUGGUUAAGGAUGCCUACGAGGAAGAUAUGAGUGCAGUUCCGAUAUCGGUUUUAGGAAUUCCUAGUAGUUCGAAGAAGGUUAGUCAGAAGCUCGAGGUUCCUGGUUGGGAGUUGUGGUCUACGCGAUCGUCCGAAUUGAUCUUCCGAUCAACAACGUCCUCCACUCCGGAUGGCCAACAAAAUAAUAUGACAACUACAAUCAAAGACGACUCCGGUGGAUUUAUUUUUGAUUCGUCGAAUGGAAGAAAAGUAAAUGUGAUGCCUGAAAUGCCACUUCCAUCCGAUUUCCACACUGGAUGGAGUUCUCAUGGAUUAUCCGCUAGAAAACUGAAAUUUCGUGUCGAGAUUCAGCAACGAAAAGUACAAGAAUUGGCGUGGAAGUUGUGGAAUGAGCAUCUGAAAGAAGCGCAUGCAAAACCUAGGGAAGCGCUUGUACGAUUGGAAAAAGCGGCUGUAACAAUUGAAAACGCCGUUAGAACAGCUAAGGCUAUGCGUGUAUCCAAGCACAAAAACGUGAAACAACCAAGAAUUGAACGAGUCCAGGAUCUUGUCUCCGCGAUGCGAGUUGUCCAUGAAUCGAUUGUUGAUGAUAGACGAUUGAGUACCUUCGAGUUUUCAGUAUCGGGAAUUGUUCCAGCUCUUUACAAUCUGCUUUCGCUCAUCGAAAUUCAUCCAGAGAGCUAUCCAGCUAGCAUUUUCCGCGAAACGUUCUCUAGUGGAGAUGCUUUGUCCCAGUUGGCUCAGAAAAUGGUUUCUGUUCUGGAAGCGAACGAGAAAUUUCCGCAGCAUCUCUACGAUACUCCUGGUGGCUCUGCGCUGGGACUUCAACUUCUUGGAAAACGUGUUCGCACUAAGUUGGAGUUGUUUAAACCAGAUGGAAAAGAAAAUGAUGGAGUGUUGGCCGACAAGACCGGAAAGCUUGUGAAAGUCGAACCACUUGCAACGACAAACGAUAUUACACAGUUCAUUUUGAAAAUGGUGGCAAAACAAUGGCACGAUCGCGAGAGAAGCGGUUUUCGAUUUGUACGAAUAAUCCAAGACGCAAAAUCCAGAAAUGAACCGCUCAAAUUUUCGUACACCAGUGAUUUCGACGAGCAAGGCAUAAUUUAUUGGCUUGGAACAAAUGGCGGAACCGUAUCGGAAUGGACUAAUCCAGCCACAAUUAACGUGGUUAAAGUAACUUGCUCGGAUAGCAGGCAACCGUUCGGAAAGCCAGAAGAUAUUUUGAGUCGAGAUGAUCAGCCAAUUAAUUGCCAUACCAGCGAUGAUAAGAACUCGCAUUUUACUAUCGAUUUGGGAGUUCAUGUUAUCCCAACCGCUUACUCUUUGCGACAUGCGCGGGGUUAUGGUAGAUCAGCUCUUCGCAGUUGGAUGAUUCAAGGGUCCAAGGAUAAGACCGUAUGGGAACUCAUUCAUGCUCAUAAAGACGAUCAGAGCCUUGGAGAGCCAGGAUCAACAGCAACAUGGCAUUUUGCUGACGAAAAUCGUCCUGCAUACCGUUAUAUUCGUUUGAGUCAAAAUGGCAAGAAUGCAUCAGGCCAUACCUACUAUAUCAGCCUUUCUGGAUUUGAAAUUUAUGGAGAAAUUGUUGACGUAGUCUUGGAACCGUUAUCUCCUCCGGGAGAAAAGAAAGAACCAACCCCAUCAUCAUCAUCGUCUCAAGCACCAUCGACUUCAAAUGCCGGUGUUGCAUCCGCAAAUGUGUGUGAUAUUCUUCCAGCUGGCGAGCAAAACAACAAGUUCAAAUUUGGAAUAACUGUGGAUGCUAUAUCUACAUUUUUGAACAAAUCAAAAUCGCGAGGUAAUCGUAACACAUCAAAAGGAAACGAGACGCGAGGAGUUCGCGUUGUUCGUGGUAAAAAUUGGAUGUGGGAGGAUCAAGACGGUGGCAAUGGAAAAAUGGGACGUAUUGUUAACGGACCCGACAAUGGAUGGGUCGAUGUGCUUUGGGAUAAUGGCUACUGCAAUUCUUAUCGUUAUGGAAUAAAUGGGCAGUUUGACGUCGAACGAGCUCCAUCAUCAAGCAUUGUGCCAUCCGGAAGUGGAACUUCAUCGUCUAACGCGACAUCGGUAAUGGAUUCGGUUCGCACAAGAAGCAGAGGCUUGUUGCCGAAAACAAGAAGCGAUGGGCGAUAUUAUGCCUUCACCGCUGUCGCUUCUGGCGCUACUUCUGGUACGUUAUCUUCGAUCGCGUCCGGCCUAGGGUUUGGACUGAAUCGCAAAAAGCUCACAGCUACUUCGACAGCCUCUACUCCAUUAUCACGAUUCGCUUCAUCCAGAAAUACGCAAGCUUCUCAAGGAAGCAAUUCAGGAUCAACAGCGUCUAGCAGCAUUGGUAAAAAAUCAAUGUCCACUACAAACCUAGUGGAUGAUCGACAAAAAACUUCGGGCCCCUCAGUUGCUUCCACUGGACAAGCAGCAAGUGCGGAAUCUCUUCAACACCAAACUCCAUCGCUAGAAAAUUUGCUGGCUCGUGCGAUGCCGCAUGCAUUUGGAAGAAUAGCAGAGAAUCAAGAGCCUGAAGAAGGAAAUGAAGAUGAACCAAUGGGAGGAGAAGAAAGUGACUCUGCUACAAGCAUGCAGUCAGCAGCAUCAUCACACUCUCAAAUGUCUAUGUCAUCAAUGAAUUCAUCAGUUCCUCCGCAAUCGGAAACUGUAACUCCACGAGAUACCACUGGAACGCCACCAACUCCGCGCGAUGAGAAAGCCAAUAAUUUGUCGGUUUCUGCUCCAGAUCUCGCUGCUGCUCGCCAAAGACAGCAAUCUGCAGAAACGCAAGACAAAGCAGCAGCUAUGGAAGAGGAAGAAGAAGAUGAAGAAACCCUCGAUGAAGAAGAAGAGGAUGAAGACGAAGAAGAAGCUGAAGAGAGUGGAAAUGAGAAAGACGAAAAGGAUUACAACGAAAGUGAACGUGGCCACAGCGGAAUGUUCGACAAGAUCAAGGAUAUGCUCGUUGGAGAAAGUUCUUCAAAUCAAUCGACGUCGUCGGGUAAUGCACGAACGUCAUCAGGAAAGAAGAGCAAGUUGACUACAAGUGUUUUCAAACAAAAAAUGUCGGAUUUGUUCCGUGGAAAGCUUUCGAAAACUCAGCUGUUCGAGCAAGCUGCAGUGAGCAUGGAUAUGGAUGAUUUUAUGGAUGAUGACGAUUAUUAUGAUUAUUCGGAAGAAGGAAACGAGGAGCCGGAGGAACUUGAAUUGGAACUGGCAUCGCAUCUCGGAGUCUCAGCACAAGCUCUUCAGGAUAUAUUGAGUGGUCGGGCACCACAGGGAGCAUGGAAGCAGUUGACUCGCUUGAUGCUCGGAACCGCCGGUAGCGGUAAUCGUGAUCGCGCGAAUCGCGGAGGCGGUAUGGGCGGGGCCAGGGCUGGAUCUCAUUGGGAAGAUGAGCUAGUCGUAAAGUGCAAUUUCCAUUCAUUAAUUCCUGCUUUUGAUCCACGUCCGGGACGUUCAAAUGUUAACCAAACGUUAGAAGUUGAACUUCCAGCAGUUGUUUCCAAUAAUUUUGGAAAAAAAAGACACCUCUUUGAGCAGUAUGAUCAGCAAGUGAAGCUUUAUUUGCGCGGUCCUAAUAUGAGUGGCGUCGAAAACGUUACAAUUGAAAUGAAAGACGAGGAUGCUUCAAUUUUCAAGUACAUGCAAUAUAUUAACAAUACGGUUAAUUGGGCUACGAAGAGCGACAAAUCACGAAGAAUUUGGGAGCCUUGCUAUACUAUCCUUUAUGCGGACGCGUCGGAAAAUGUUCCUGUGGAGGUUACGAAAAUUGCUUCCGAAGAAGAAACUGUACCACUACAAGUCAAUCAAUGUCUCGAAGUUAUUGGACUUCUCUCGAAAAUUCAAGAAAUGUUACCGGAAGCUUCUAUCACACCAAGUGUCUUCAUCAGUGACAAAUUGACAAUGAAACUUACUCAAGUUUUAUGUGAUGCGCUCGUUGUAGCCACUAGAUCUCUUCCGGAAUGGUGCUCGAAGCUUGUAUACAAAUAUCCAUGUUUGUUUUCGGUUGAAACCAGAAAUAUGUACAUGCAGGCAACUGCGUUUGGUGUUACAAGAACUGUUGUUUGGCUUCAGCAACGUCGAGAUGCUGCUUUAGAGAGAACGCGAGGAAGUAAUCAAACCUCGGGAAGCAGCGCGACUCGGCAACACGACAGAUAUCAUGAAUAUCGCGUUGGCCGUCUGAGGCAUGAACGUGUGAAGAUUACUCGUUCGGAGGAGCUCAUUUUGGAUCAAGCUGUCCGUCUUAUGAAGUUCCACGCAGAGCGCAAAUCGGUUCUAGAAAUCGAAUAUGCAAACGAAGAAGGAACUGGCUUAGGACCAACUUUAGAAUUCUAUGCUUUAGUUGCUGCCGAGCUUCAAAGGAAAGCGUUAGCUAUCUGGGUAUGCGACGAUGAUGAUCAACAACCAAAGGCUGAGGAAAGAGAGCUUGAUCUUGGAGAGGGAAAGAAACCUGCCGGAUAUUAUGUUAGAAGAAAUGGAGGGUUGUUCCCAGCACCACUUCCACCACACACUGAAGAAGUUAAGCGUGCCGCUGAAAUGUUCAGAGUUUUGGGAAUCUUCCUGGCUAAGGUUCUACAAGAUGGAAGGCUUGUUGACUUACCACUCUCUCGUCCCUUCCUGAAACUUCUUGUGCAUCCACAAGUUAGCGAAUUGCAAGAAACGAAUUUGCGAAAAGUUCUUACACUGGACGAUUUUGAAGAAGUCAAUCCAGUCAAAGGCAACUUCCUGAAAGAACUUCGUGCCCUUGCUCAAAGAAAACGCGCUAUAGAAAAUGAACCAAAUUUGGAUCAACUUGCGAAGAGAAGAAAGAUUGGUGAGCUAAAGCUACAAAUGAAGGGAACUACGUGCCGUGUAGAAGAUUUGGCUCUAAGUUUUACCGUUAACCCUCCAUCGAAAGUGUUCAAGUAUGAAGAAAUGGAGCUUGUGGAAGGAGGCGCUGAUAUAGACGUUACAAUGGACAACGUGGAGCAGUACGUGGAAAAAUGUGAAGAUUUUUACUUGAAUACUGGAAUUGUUCAUCAAAUGCGUGCAUUCCGUGAAGGAUUCGAUCGCGUGUUCCCAUUACGCGCGCUACGUGCUUAUAGCCCAGAAGAGGUUCAAAGAUUGUUGUCCGGCGAACAGUGCCCGGAAUGGACUCGAGAAGAUGUCAUUAACUUUACGGAGCCGAAGCUGGGUUACACGCGCGAAUCGCCAGGAUUCCUGCGAUUUGUUGAUGUUAUGGUCGCACUGAGUGCACAAGAACGAAAGAACUUCUUACAAUUCGCAACAGGAUGCUCUAGCUUGCCGCCAGGCGGUCUCGCAAAUUUGCAUCCAAGAUUGACUAUCGUACGCAAGGUUGAAAGUGGUGAUGGAAGCUAUCCAUCGGUCAACACUUGUGUGCAUUAUUUAAAGCUCCCAGAGUAUUCCUCAGCCGAAAUUCUGCGUGAACGUCUCUUGACUGCAAUGUCGAUUCCAGCUGUAGUUCGAGAAGUUACCUUUGUCGGUGAACAAUUGUUUGACCAUUCUGCUCAGGUCCGUGCCGAAAUCGAUCGUUUUGUAGAACGCUUUGAAAGAAACGAAAGGCAUCGAGAGUUUGAUGGUCUUCUCAGAGCUAGCCAUGCACUUGUUGAAGCUUCUGAAACACCUGUCGAAGGGCUCUUCGACAUUGGAAAAAUGGAAAUGAUGAAGAAUGAUGUCGAUGAGAUUGCUAAUAAGUUAGUGGCCCUUACGACACCACGAUACGGCGAUGUACACGAAAAUUAUCUGGCACAAGUGAGAAAAGAACAGAAAGCCUAUAUCGAUGCCUGUCGUGAGCAGGCAAUGAUUAAAAUGAGGAAUCUAAGCGUUAAUCGAUAA